UUUACUUUCUUCUUAACAAACACAUGUACCAUCUGUCUCUUUAUUGUCUUUCACAAGUUGCCUAUUCGGGCUCAUCUUUCUAAACCGAGCAGUGGAGAUAUAUCUACAUUUUAAAGGAAACGCCGGUGCAGUUCACUUCCUAAAAUCAGUUCCAGAUGAAUCCGAUCUCGGAUGCAUAAAUGAGUUACUGAGGAAGGAUACCGACAAAUACUGAGUGAACAAUUUUGAGAGUAAAAGGAGCAAGAAAGGAGCAAACAGUUCAAGUUGUUUGUUUCCAAGUAUGUCAAUUGACGCUCUGCAACCAUCUCCACGGCGAGUAAUAAGGCUUGCUGAAACUCCGGGCACUCCGAGUCGCAACCCAGAGAUCCGUUGUCCAGUCAAAGCAUCUCCAGGGACGCGCAAACCCAGUGCGGUAGAACGUUUGGAAGCGGACAAGGUCAAGUAUGUCAAGAGCCAACAGGUGGCUUUGACGAAGCAGCAACCCGUCACUUGUCCUUCUAACAACAGCCAGAGUGGACCAGGUCCUCAACAACCAACGAGGAAGAUCCCUGCACGACCGCCUAAAUCUGAGACUCCACCCCUUGACCUGAAACAUCUCUGCAAACUGAUCGAUGAUGUUGGUGAUACAACCGCCACCGUUGAGUCUACGCAACCCAACAUCAAUGGGAAAGUCCAAGAGGAUGCUGAUCCGUGCAAACAGCUCUCCCAAUCUGUGAGAGCGACUGAAGAACCGUCUGUCGCGUCAACCUCGUCAAGUCAAGUAAAAGCCAUGGGAGAGACUGCAAGUGCUAACGGAUGUCCCAGCGUGGCCGUACGAAGAGUCGACGUCAGGCCGCAGUUACCCCAAAUGAGAAUGACCGGAAGACCGCAGCUGCAAGGCCGACCGCUGUUGCAACCCACAACACCGCAGGUCCCCAUGCAACUUCUGCGCUUGCUCAGGCCAUACAGACAGCAAAAUCAGCACCCGGUUGCUUUCAAACGCCUACAAAACAUUACAAAUGCCUCCCGAGGACCUAUUAAACCACCAAACAGUCCUGCCCAGAUCUCACCAACUUCCCCAUCGAGCCCAUUUGAUUCUCCGCCUGUCCCCGUUCAACCAAACACUGAACCGGCAGCGUGCUCGUCUCCCACCACAAAUAUUCCGUCCCCAGUAUCGUCAUUCCUAGCCAAAAAUGACUUCCAGUCGCCACCGUCUCCAGCCAUCACCCAUCGCUCCUCCACAAGCUCCAGAAAGCGUCCUUCACUGACACGGUCGAAAUCGGAUGUCAGCGACUGCUUUUCAAGGGCAGGGGCGGAGCUUGAACGAUUCUUUAAUUAUUGUGGGCUCGACCCCUCUGAUUUAAAGGAGCUAGCGAGACCCGGUUCCGACAUCGUGUCUGUUUCCCGCCUUCGCAGCGCAAGCGCCCCGGCAUCCGAGCGUACGGCCGAGGGUGAAGAUGAUGAGGAGGAAGACGCAGCAAAAGAUGAACCUACGGGUUAUGGUAUUUCUGUUAUAGAAAGAAAUGCACGAGUGAUCAAAUGGCUUUAUGGAAUGCGUCAGGCCAAAGAAAGUCCCACGGUGGCCAGUAUGUAACAGACCGAAAUGAAAGUCUUAUUAAAUUAAAUUCAGUUUCAUUUGUGUAGCGCUUCAUUGUUGCACAGCAGCUCUGUAUAGGUUUUUGUAAGGUACGACUUGCCUAUUAUGUUUCAAAGUGUUCAGGUGUUUUCAAGUACUGUACUUGGAGUUUUGGCAAAUAGUAUAGUCUAUUAUUGCAGCUGAUGAUAAAUAUUUAUUUCUUUGGUACAUGGGAAAAUGAAAUAAAAAUGUGAAUAUUCCCUCUCAGAAGUUAAAGUACAAAAGCUGUCACUUGUAAAUUAUACAUAUUAGGACCUUUCAAAAGGUUACCGUCCAUGUGAUCGCUUUUGUAUUUGUUUCCUGACAGUGCUUUGUUUAUCGCUGGUUUAGUUGUCUGAAAUCCUUGUUCAUUAAAGAUGAAUUGGAAUGGUUUUUGGAAAGUUGUUUUCUUGGUUUAAUGCGACACGCCAGUAUGUAUAAAAUUCUGUAGGUAAGGAAUAUCAAAUAUUGUUGUCAAAUGACAAAGCAGACAGUAUUGCACCUACAAAUAAUAACGGACAGUAUGAUUGUAUACCUGCAAGAUUAUUAAAAAGAAUAAAACAUUUA